AGUUUCUGUUCUGUGCCUUAUUAGAUAUUGUGACUGUGUGUGAAGUGCAGAGAGUCUCCAAAGAUGAAGACCUUCAGCCCUGACAUGAAGCGCUCGGCUCUGGUAAUCCUGAUGAUCAACAGCAUCUGUGCCUUCUCACAAAUUCCCCAUGAAAUUUCGUACGUCCUGGGCUGCUUCGAAAAUGGGACAACCCAAGCUCAGUAUGAGUUUGAUGCUGAGGAGAUUUUAUACAUGGACUUUGACAGAGAUGAGGUUGUUUACACUGUACCCAGAUUUAUUGUGGACGACCCAAGUAAAAUGUUUGACAAUAUCCAUGUUUAUGAGAAUGCUAAGAAAAACAAGAAAACAUGUCUAGCAAUUCUGGAGUUCUGCAAAGUGCAGGAGAAAAAUCCACCAGAACAAACAGAGCCCCCGAAGAGCGUCCUCUACACCUCACAGGAAGUUGAGCUGGGAGUUGGAAACAGCCUCAUCUGCUUUGUGAAUCAUUUCUACCCACCUCUCAUCAAAGUCAGCUGGACCAGAAACGGCCGUCCGGUGUCGGAGGGAGUGUCACUCAGUCGAUAUUAUCCCAAUAAGGAUCAAACCUUCCACCAGUUUUCUACUCUGACAUUCACACCGAGGGAGGGGGACAUUUACAGCUGCACUGUGGAGCACGUGACCCUGGACAGACCUAAGACAAGGAUCUGGGAACACAACUUCAGUCAUUGCAGUCUGGGAGCAGAUAUUUACUGCGGAGUGGGACUGACUGUGGGCUUGUUGGGAGUCGCAGCUGGAACAUUUUUAUUGGUUAAGGGACACCAUGGACAUUAAUUUCUUUGUCUGAAGGGGAUUACACUCAUGAAAUUAACAAUUAUGAUGCCAGCCACAAUCUUUUUGGAGUGCACCAUUUAUCAUCCUCUAUACUGUGACUUUUACACUGUUAAAACAAAUAUGUCCUCACCACACACAAAGACUACACUUUAUUUUGAUUUUAAAGGGCAUUAAAAUCUAAAAGAGGCUUUUCAUUCAGUUUCUUUAUAAUUAAUUUACUAGUGUUUUGUUUGCGUUGUGAGUUAUUAUAAUGUUCAUUCAAACAUUAUAAUGUAACAUACUCUCUCUCGGAUUUACUGUUAUGUGUUACUUUGAUAUAGUUGAAGAAUAUUAAAGGUAUACACUCAUUUUUAUUUUCAUUGUAUAAAAUAAUCUUGGGGUAACCUGAUUACAGCAGAUGAAAAUGAAACUAAAUGUGAAGUUUGAAGCAGCUUUUGCACCUUUACAGAUAAGGAAAUUACAGAAUAUAAUUAUUUUCUCAAUAUCUAUAUAUUAAUAUGU